AUGCUGCGUAACGCCAGAGAUGCCCUCUUCCCCCGUCUGCUCGACUGGACUGUGGACUCUUGUUACUGCGUGUUACUCGGGAACGACAUCUGCUACUGCGAGCACUACUACGCCAACCCGACGACGACGUCCCUCAAACUAGAAUCCGUCACGGAUCCACCCAUACCCCUACUAUCACCCGCGUCUCCCACAGCAGCCGCGCUAGGUCUAGACCUACCGCCGCUGCCCUCAUCAUGGAGAUCACCUACGGCACCUGGUGUCAUGGAGUGUCCACUCGCCACCCCCUCCUCUUCUUCGGAGUCGAGCACGAACCUGCUGAGCCCCUUGAACCCCGAAAUCGCCGAAAAUGAGUGCGACAGGGCGAGCGACAGCGGCCUGACGACGGCGAGCAGCAGCAGCGGUGAUAACAACUUCUGCAGCGCCGUGAGCCCCGUCGCCGCCGCCGCUCCCGCUGGCCUUGUCGGGGGCACCAUUGAUAUUUCGAGAUUGCGGUUUGAAUGCCGCUGGAACAGUUGUGGAAAGGUUUUUCGACGGCCGAGUGAUUUGACCAAGCAUGAGAGGUACCACAUCAAGGAGUACCGCUGCGACGAGACCGGCUGCGACAAGGCCUUUGCCACGCAAAAGGACCUCAAGCGGCACAAGAAGACGCACGAGACGCUCGACGGCGACAACGCCGGGUACCGCUGCCGCGUCCCCGGGUGCCGAAAGGCCAAGACGGGGCAUGUGUACAACCGGCGCGACAACUUUGUCAGGCACCUCCGGACAAAGCACGUGGGCAUGGAGUUCGACGUUUAA